AUGCACACUGAACCCGAGGAGGAGGAGGCUGGUGCGGCCACGGCAGCGGAGGAGGAGGAGAAGGCAGUUGAAGAAAGAGCAUGGGAAGAUGCUGUGGGAGUCAGCGAUCAGCUGAGAGCUGGAACGGAAGCCAGAAGGAUCCAUGAGCAGGCACGGCAGGCACAGCGGGAUCAGCGGGAUCAAAGCAAGCGGGAGGAGGGACAGAACUUUGCCGACGAGGACAAGCACGAGAAGCUGGUGAUCGACAUCCACUCAGACAAAGACUCUGCAUCGAUGAACGUCUUCCCGUCCCCUCUGCCUUCCACACAUCCCCCUGAAGAUCUACUCUUCGAUUCGAUCCCUCUAUCCAAUGGCUUCCUCAAGCUCAGUGUCUCCCCGCUGUCUGCGGGCUGCCGCGCCAUCCUGAUGCUGAUGCGAGAGGAGGGUCAAACAGCCGAUGUGACUGAGGUGGACAUCAUGCGAGGAGAGACGCACACGUCGGAAUUCAGCCUCCUCAACGCCAAGAAGGAUGUUCCAGUGCUGCAUCUUGUAGCCAGGCAGGCUGACGAGGAGGACUACAUCCUCACAGAGACCAGUGCCAUCCUCCGUUUCCUCUGUGAGUUCUUUCCUUGCUGCUUGCACUGGUAUCCCCGAGACUUGCGGCAGAGAGCGAAAGUGGAUGAAUAUCUCGAGUGGCAUGGCCGGCAUGUCAAGCAGAGCAUCACCGCUAUCAUCGCCGCCAUGACAUGUACUCGUGAUGUUAGCUUGCUGAGUUCCAUGUCGACCCAGUUCAUGGACGCCAUCGCCACCAUGGACAAGCACUGGAUCAGUGACGCCUCUGGGUAUCUGUGCGGGCCGUCGCCGUGCAUCGCAGACCUCGUGGCUAUCGCAGAGCUGGAGACAGUUGAGCUGCUCUCCCCUGACUACUCCAAGUUCAACAAGUUCUCAAGGUGA